UGGAGUUUGUUUAUCUACCUAAUGCUUUUAGCAGCAUUAUUGUCGGUGUUUUUCUUUACGUCUUCUUUAAGGUAUUGAUUUGUUUCUGGAUUUCACCAUGUAUGGUGUAUAUGAAGCUUAAAAAGAACGGGUUUGGCGGUCCGAAUCCGAAAUUUCCUCUAGGAAAUAUUGAGGAGAUGAAAAAGCUUAGUAAAACCAGCUGUAGUUCUGUUUGUGAUUCUGCAAAAGAAUCUCUGACUAUCUCCAAUGAUAUUCACUCCACUGUUUUUCCUUACUUUGCUCAAUGGCAGCAAUCUCAUGGGAAGGUGUUUAUAUACUGGCUAGGUACUGAGCCAUUUUUGUACAUAGCAGACCCGGAGUUUCUUAAAAGAAUGUCUAAUGGUGUGAUGGGGAAGAGCUGGGGAAAACCCAAUGUGUUUAAACAUGACAGAGAACCAAUGUUUGGAAACGGUUUGGUUAUGGUUGAAGGUGAUGAUUGGGUUCGUCACCGUCAUAUUAUCACCCCUGCACUCUCUCCGGUCAACUUGAAGGCUAUGACAAGCUUAAUGGUGGAGUCCACAACAAAUAUGCUAGACAAAUGGAGAACCCUAAUAAACUCCGGCAACAAAGAAAUCGACAUAGAGAACCAAAUCAUUGCAACAGCCGGAGAAAUCAUCGCCAAGACAAGUUUUGGUUUAGGCUACGAAAAUGGAAGACAGGUGUUUGAAAAACUAAGGGCCAUGCAAAUAACUUUGUUCAAGACUAACCGUUAUGUAGGGGUACCCUUCAGCAAAUUCUUGUGCCCAAAACAAACCCUAGAGGCAAAAAAUCUUGGAAAAGAAAUAGAUGAUCUUCUAUUAUCGAUCAUAACGGAUCGGAGAAGAUUGAACGGCGGAAAUUCUCAGAAGGACUUGUUAGGGUUAUUGCUUGAGGAGAAUCAUGAAGAUGGCAAGCUUGGGAAGAGGCUGACGGCUAGGGAGCUUGUUGAUGAGUGCAAAACAUUCUUCUUUGGUGGUCAUGAAACGACAGCGUUGGCAUUGACGUGGACAUUGUUGCUUCUAGCUGUGCAUCCAGAGUGGCAAAACCAGUUAAGAGAGGAGAUUAAAGAAGUUAUUAAAGAUAAAGAGCUUGAUUUCUCCGUCCUUGCUGGACUCAAGAAGAUGGGAUGGGUAAUGAACGAAGUAUUGAGGCUAUACUCACCAGCACCAAAUGUACAAAGACAAGCAAGAGAAGACAUAAAAGUAAACAAUCUCACAAUUCCGAAAGGAACCAACAUAUGGAUUGAUGUUGUAGGAAUGCACCAUGACUCUCAAUUAUGGGGUGACGAUGUAAUGGAGUUCAAACCAGAGAGGUUCAAAGAUGACAUAUUAUACGGUGGAUGCAACCACAAGAUGGGUUUUUUGCCUUUCGGGUUCGGAGGAAGGAUGUGUAUCGGUCGGAAUUUGUCUAUGAUGGAGUAUAAGAUUGUUUUGGCUUUGAUUCUUACUAGUUUUUCAUUGUCGGUUUCACCAACUUAUACUCAUUCUCCUUCUAUUAUGCUCUCGUUGAGACCUAGCUUUGGUUUGCCUCUCAUUGUUCAGCCUCUCUAGGCUUACUAGUGAAAUAUUCUGACUCCAAUUAGCUAUGGUAGUUGGAUCAUCAUCUGUAGUGUUUAAGCCAGGAUUGGCAUUUUUGAUGAUUUCUUCUGUUUUCUCUUUUUUUUAUUAUGUAAUAGUAGAAAGUAAUGAA